AUGGAAUUUGCCUUUGGAAAAGAUGAUGUUGAAGAUGGACAUCAUGAUGCAGAGAAGGCUUUGAAGUUCAUUCAAAAAGUCCAAGCAGUUCAUCAGGUUGGUGACCAUGUUUGGUUACAUAUCAGCAAGGAAAGGAUGCAAGGUGAAGGUAAGAAGCUUAAGCCUAUCAGAUAUGGUCCCUUUGAGAUCUUGGAAAAGAUUGGUACCAAUGCCUUUCGCCUUAAUCUUCCUCCAUAUAUGCAAAUUUACUCAGUUGUAAAUGUAGAAAAUCUGAAGUUGUAUGAGCCUCCAAUGAUAUUGGAUGAAGAGGCUAAUGUUCAGAUUCCUUCUAUUGAUGACCUAGCACCUGAGUAUUUGAAUGUGUUGCAAGAGGAUGUCAUCCUGGACAAAAACAUCAGAUCUUGA